AAAACUUUUUUUUUUUGUAUCGAAGGAAUCAACAGCCGCCAUCUUGUCGCGGCUCGGAAAUCGGGAUUUCGACACGGCGCUGGUUUUUAACUCGGGAACAGCGCGUCCGAGGCGACGUCCGGCGACAGCUCGCGGUCCGAGGCACCUCCGGUGAAGCGCUACGGAGCCGAUUCGGGCGGAAAAAAAGCCCGGGAUUCGUCGGCAUUCGCGUCGGCCACGAACCAACCCAAAAAAAAAAAGCCUCCCCCCCCCCCCUCCUCCUCUCGUUCUUUCGCGUUAUUACCUUUGAUUUCCCCGUUCGCUCCGUGUCGUUCACACCGAGACAGGGGGAGCGGAUCUCGGCGCACGGCAUCGACGGCACGGCGGCUGCAAGAAGAAGGAGAAAAAAAGAAGAAACUAUUUGAAAUAUUAAGAAAAACCAGAAGGGAUUUUAGGAUGCGUUUGUGCACGUUUGGAGGGUUUUGCACGAUUUUUUUUGACGUCAGAGAAAAGGUUUUGAUGAGGAUGCACAUUUAACAUCGGCGCCACGACCGACCGCCCGCACGAUUCCUCCGGAAUAUCUCCAUUUACACGGUCUCUUUCGCCAUAAAAAAAUUGUUAUUUAUUGAAAGAAUAUUAUAUAUUUAAUAAUCUUUCUGGGGCUGAUUUACCGACGAUAAUGUGGGUGUUGGGUGUUGGAUUAUCAUGGGGUAAAUGGCGGUGGCGCUGUUGCUACUUCUUUGAGAAUCCCUCCUCGCUGCUUAGCUUCAGCUAAUUAGCAACUCGAACGUAGAAGUGAAUUUCGCUUCAUUUUUUUAUAUAUAUAUAAAAAAUCCACUUCGCCUCAAGGAUUUCCAUUUUUUUCCAUUUUAAAAUAAAAAAAUGGCUGAAAAUCUAUUGGAUGCUGGACCUCCGAGCGCGAAGAGGCCGAAGAUGACAGCACCUGCCUCAGACGGGCCAGAGUUGAGCUCGUUGUCCUGGGACGACCUGGAGAGCAACCUGCCGGACGAGUUGAUUCCGAGCGGCCCGAACGGAGACCUCGGUCUGAUGGCCAUGCCCUCGAACGGCAGCGGUGGCGGUGCGACUGGAAUGGCGGACGCUGCCGCUAAGCACAAGCAGCUCUCGGAGCUCCUGCGGGCGGGCAGCGGGACGGGCCUGAACUCGUCCAGCCCGGGUCAGGGGGUGGGCAUGGGGCCUCAGCUGGGUGCUCUGGGUAAGAGCCCGCUGGGCCAGGGCUCUCCUUCGCACGCCUCUCCGACACCGAAGCCAGCGGGCGGCGCUCCGCCGGGUAGCGCCAGCAUGGGCCUGAACCCUGGCUUCAACCAGGCCAUGCUUAACAACGGCAUGAUGGCACAGAGCGCGGCAGCACAGCAGCAGGGCCAGGUGAUGAACGGGACGCUGGGGCCCGGCGGGCGCGGCAGAGGCGCGCCGGGCAUGCAGUACCAGGGGCCGGCAUCUGUCGGGCAGCAGGUGGCCGCGGCAGGGGCGGCACCCGGAGGAGCGGGCAGCGUGCUGGCCGAGACCCUGACGCAAGGGGCUCAGCAGAUGGGCAUUAACCCGCAGCAAUCAAGCAACAUGAACAAGAUGGGCAUGGCCGGGGGUGGCAGUCCAUUCGGUCAGUACCAGGCGGGUGGGCAGCAGUUAGCGACAGCGGGUGCCCAGAUGCAGAAUAAAGCAGCGCUGGCGAACAGUCUGCCAGCUUUCGGCGCUGAUCUAAAGGGAGCCGCUGUGCCGAAUGUACCGAACAUGCCCCAGGCGCCACAGCAGGUGUCCGUGGGAAUGGUUGGUUGUCAGGGCGUUCCUGCCGGUCCCACGGCUGACCCGGAGAAGCGCAAGCUGAUCCAGCAGCAGCUGGUCCUGCUGCUCCACGCGCACAAGUGCCAGCGUCGCGAGCAGGCAAACGGCGAGGUGCGGGCCUGUGCCCUGCCCCACUGCAAGACCAUGAAGAACGUUCUCAACCACAUGACCCACUGUCAGGCCGGCAAGUCCUGUCAGGUGGCUCACUGUGCGUCCUCGAGGCAAAUUAUUUCUCACUGGAAGAACUGCACCCGGCACGACUGCCCCGUGUGCCUCCCCUUAAAGAAUGCCAGCGACAAGCGCAACCAGCAGCCGAUGCUGACGUCUCCUAACACGGGCCUGCAAAACUCAAUAGGUCCAGUGGGUUCGGGUCAGAACACGGCUCCGGCCCUGAACACCCCAGCUCCUAUAGACCCAAGCUCAAUGCAGCGAGCCUACGCCGCCCUCGGCCUCCCCUACAGCAACCAGAGCCCUGCGCAGACCCAAACGCCUCCCACGCAGCCUGCACAGACCCCACACCAGCAGAUGAGGCAGCUGAACGCACUCGGACCCAACCAGAUGAGCAUGAGCGGCGGGGCGAUGGGCGUGCCCAUGUCGGAUCAAGCUAAACUGCAUCCCGACGCCAACAUGCAAUCCACUCUCACUGCCAAUCAGCUGAUGUCCGAUAGCACGGCAGUCGGAUCUCUUGGUAACGUGCCCACGGCAGCACCGCUGUCCUCCACCGGAGUGAGAAAAGCCUGGCACGAACAUGUCACUCAGGACCUCCGCAACCACCUCGUCCACAAACUAGUCCAGGCCAUUUUCCCGACGCCGGAUCCCGCAGCUCUGAAGGACCGGCGCAUGGAGAAUCUGGUGGCGUACGCCCGGAAAGUCGAGGGAGACAUGUACGAGUCGGCCAACAGCAGAGACGAGUACUACCACUUCCUGGCCGAGAAGAUUUACAAGAUCCAGAAGGAGCUGGAGGAGAAGAGGCGCUCCCGGCUCCAGAAGCAGAUCAUCAACCAGCCGCCUAUGACUGCGCCGGGGGCACAGCAGCCCGCUCUGAACCAACCCAACUCUUUGGGGGCCCGACCUCAGAAUGGACCCGUGCCUAUGCCUAACGUGCCAAAUCCGAUGAUUACCCGCAUGCAGGUCACCCAAGGUAUAAACCAGUUCAAUGCGAUGUCCAUGCAGAACGUGUCUCCAGGGACCGCUCGAGCCGCCUCUCCAUUGAGCCACCCGCAACCCAUCAGCAUGGCCUCUGUUUCUCCAAUCGGCGCACGCGGGAACCCAGGCAUGCUGGGACCUCACGGUGGGAACAUGGUGCCGCAGGCAGCGAAUCAGCCGCAGUUCAUGCAGCAGUUUUCAGCCGGUGCUAACCCGAUGAACGUCACCACGGGCCAGCCCAACACGCAGGCGGCAGUCCCUCAGCAGCCGCAGAACCUCCCUCUGAACGCCCUCGGCUCUCUGGGCUCGCAGAUGAACUGCCCGGCGCCUCCCCAGGCCCCUCUGGGUACAACUCCGCCCCCUAGCGUCAGCGCUCCGGGCACAGGCGCUAAUCUGCCGCCACUGCAGACUAACCAGGCUGGCACGCCCACCCCCGGCCCGGCACAGAGCACGCCGCCCCACUCGCAGCCUCAGACCGAGCUGCCUGCCCUGCCACAGCCCCAUCCUGGCACGCCGAGUGGCGAUAACAGAGUUCCCACUCCGGCGUCGACGGCGAGCACAGACCUUCACGCGCACGCCGUCCCCGAGUUGCCCCCUGCGGCCGAACCCAAAGCAGAGCCCAAACUAGAGGAGCAGGACUUCGAGUCCAGUGCGGUGAAAGCCGAACCUAAGAUGGAGGUGGAGGAGGAUUCUGGUCCUCUGAUCAAGAAGGAAGAGCCGGACAGCUUGGAGCCCAAGCAGGAGCCGAUGGAAAUGGAAGAUAAGAAGCCCGACAUUAAGGUUGAGACCAAAGAGGAGGAAGAAAGCAGCGCAGCCGGCACGACGUCGUCUUCGCCAUCGCAAUCUCGGCGGAAAAUCUUUAAACCGGAGGAGCUACGCCAGGCACUAAUGCCAACGCUCGAGUCUUUAUACAGACAGGACCCCGAGUCUCUGCCUUUCCGCCAGCCUGUGGACCCCAUCCUGCUGGGCAUCCCAGACUACUUUGACAUCGUGAAGAACCCCAUCGACUUGUCGACCAUAAAGCGCAAACUGGACACGGGUCAGUACCAGGAGCCCUGGCAGUACGUGGACGACGUCUGGCUCAUGUUCAACAACGCCUGGCUCUACAACAGGAAGACGUCGCGUGUCUACAAGUACUGCUCCAAGCUGGCCGAGGUGUUUGAGCAGGAGAUCGACCCGGUCAUGCAGGGCCUCGGGUACUGCUGCGGUCGGAAGUACGAGUUCUCCCCUCAAACGCUGUGCUGCUACGGCAAACAGCUCUGCACCAUUCCCCGUGACGGCACCUACUACAGCUACCAAAACAGGUAUCACUUUUGCGAGAAAUGCUUCAACGAGAUUCAGGGAGAAAGCGUGACUCUGGGAGAUGAUCCCGCACAGCCGCAAACGAUGAUUUCCAAGGACCAGUUUGAAAGAAAGAAGAACGACUCACUAGACCCAGAGCCGUUUGUUGAAUGUAAAGAUUGUGGGCGCAAGAUGCACCAGAUAUGCGUCCUGCAUUAUGAAGUCAUCUGGCCCUCUGGUUUUAUUUGCGAUAACUGCUUGAAGAAGAGCGGGAAGACGAGGAAAGAAAAUAAGUUCUCAGCAAAAAGAUUGCAAGUGACACGGUUGGGCUCAUAUAUAGAGGACCGCGUGAACAAGUACUUGAAGAGACAGAACCACCCGGAAGCCGGUGAGGUGUUCGUGCGAGUGGUGGCCAGUUCGGACAAAACGGUGGAAGUCAAACCCGGCAUGAAGGCCAGGUUUGUAGACAACAACGAGAUGUCCGAGAGCUUCCCCUACAGAACCAAAGCACUUUUCGCCUUCGAGGAGAUCGAUGGCGUCGACGUGUGUUUCUUUGGCAUGCACGUGCAGGAAUACGGCUCGGAGUGUCCUUUCCCAAACACCAGACGGGUAUACAUAUCCUACCUUGACAGUAUUCACUUCUUCAGACCUCGCGUACUUCGGACGGCAGUUUAUCACGAGAUCCUUAUCGGUUAUCUGGAAUAUGUCAAGAAAUUAGGGUACGUGACGGGACAUAUUUGGGCGUGCCCUCCGAGCGAAGGUGACGACUACAUCUUCCACUGUCACCCUGCCGACCAGAAGAUCCCCAAACCUAAGCGCCUGCAGGAAUGGUACCGUAAGAUGUUGGACAAGGCCUUUGCAGAGAGAAUACUCCAUGACUACAAGGACAUCUUCAAACAAGCGACGGAAGACCGCCUGACGAGCGCGAACGAGUUGCCGUACUUCGAGGGCGAUUUCUGGCCUAACGUUUUGGAGGAGAGCAUUAAGGAGUUGGAGCAGGAGGAGGAGGAGAGGAAGAAGGAGGAAAACACGGCAGCUUGUGAAACUCCAGAGGGCACGCCUGGGGACAGCAAAACUGCCAAGAAGAAGAACAACAAGAAAACCAAUAAGAAUAAGAGCAGCGUGAGCCGAGCCAAUAAGAAGAAGCCUGGGAUGCCGAAUGUAGCCAAUGAUCUAUCCCAGAAACUCUACGCUACCAUGGAGAAACACAAAGAGGUUUUCUUCGUGAUCCAUUUGCACUCUGGGCCGAUGAUGAACACGUUGCCGCCCAUAAUGGACCCUGACCCGCUGCUCUCCUGCGACCUGAUGGACGGACGAGACGCGUUUUUGACGCUUGCGCGUGACAAACACUGGGAGUUCAGCUCUCUGCGCCGCUGCAAGUGGAGCACUAUGUGCAUGCUAGUAGAACUACACAACCAGGGCCAGGACCGCUUCGUCUACACCUGCAACGAGUGCAAGCACCACGUGGAGACUCGCUGGCACUGCACCGUGUGCGAGGACUUCGACUUGUGCAUUAACUGCUACAACUCUAAGGGCCACGAACACCAGAUGGUCAAGUGGGGUCUUGGUCUGGAUGACGACAGCAACAGCCAGAGUGGCGAGGCCUCCAAGAGCCCACAGGAGAGUCGACGCCUGAGCAUCCAGCGCUGCAUUCAGUCCCUGGUGCAUGCCUGCCAGUGUCGCAAUGCCAACUGCUCUCUUCCUUCCUGCCAGAAGAUGAAGCGGGUAGUACAACACACCAAGGGCUGCAAGCGCAAGACCAACGGUGGCUGCCCUGUCUGCAAGCAACUUAUUGCGCUUUGCUGUUAUCACGCUAAGCACUGCCAGGAGAACAAGUGCCCUGUGCCCUUCUGCCUCAACAUCAAGCACAAGCUGCGGCAGCAGCAGCUGCAGCACCGUCUCCAGCAAGCCCAGAUGAUGCGACGGCGUAUGGCCACCAUGCAAGGUCGGGCCGGACCCCAAAGCCUGCCGUCUCCUCCGCCUUCUGCAGCUCCAGGCACGCCCACGGCACACCAGCAGCCGCAACAACAGCAGCCAAACACGCCGCAAACUCCACAGCCCCUCCUUUCCAGCCAGCCGGCCACGCCCAAUGCCGGCGUCACUUCUCCCACGUAUCCCACUGCUCCACGCAACGGCCAGCAAGUGUCCCAAGGUAAACCAGGUGCCCAGGCUUCACCUCUGCACCAGCAGCCAUCUCCACUCCCUCAACCCCAACCGCAGCAGCAUCAGCAACCGCAGCAGCAACAGACGCCGCAACAACCGCCGCAGCACCCGCCGCCUGCUGCCGUCCAAAUGGCACGGAAGAUCGAGUUGAUGGCGCAGGCCCAACAGAGCCACCAGAACUAUCGGAUGGCUGUAAACGGGUUGCCCCUGAACCACCAGCAACCACCGCAGCGUAUGCCAGGUGCCAUGCAGCCUCCUAUGCAGAUGGGAGGACCGCGGGGGCAACAGGUCAUGCAAGGCAUGCAGCAAGGCCAGUGGGCGCAACCGGGAAUGCAGGCGGGAAUGCCGCAGGUAGCUCAACCACAGCAGCGCGCGCAAGGCCCCCAGCAAGCCGUGCCUCAGCAGCGGCCCAUGAUGCCUCAGCAGCCUCCACAGCGCAUGAUGGUGCCUGCGCAGGGCCAGCGGCCACCCCAAGCACCCCAGAGACCUCCAGCCAUCGCACCAAAUGCCCUGCAAGACCUUCUGCGCACGCUGAAGUCUCCCAGCUCACCACAGCAACAGCAGCAGGUGCUUAACAUCCUCAAGUCCAACCCACAGCUCAUGGCAGCUUUCAUCAAGCAGAGGACAGCGAAGUAUGCCAGCCAGCCGCAACAGCAACAGCAGCAGCAGCAGCAACAACAGGGCAUGCAGGCCACCAUGCAAGCCAUGGCCAUGCAGGGUGUCCAAAGACCUGGCAUGCCAUCCCAGCAAACUCAGCAGCCAAACCCAGGUAUGGCUCCCGGACCAACGCAGAGUCAAAUCAUGAGCCCGGCGCAUGCAGAGAUGUACCGUCGACAUCUCUUGCGCCAGCAGCAUCAGCUGCAGCAACAACAGCAACAACAACAGCAGCAGCAACAACAACAACAACAGCAGCAGCAGCAGCAGGGUGUGAUGCCACCAGCGCAUGGCCAGUUCCCUCCACCCCAGGGUGCUGCAUCCAGCUACUCGCAACUUCGCAUGCAACACCAGCAACUAACGGCAAUGCAAGGCGCAGGACCUAUGAGCCAACUUCCACCAAUGGCACAAAUGGGGCAGCCAGGUUUGGGCAUGGAUGGCGCCCAGAACUUGCUCCAUCAGCGCAUGCUCCAACAACAGCAACAGCAGCAGGCCGUCCUCAAGCCACAGAUGGGCUCUCCGGCACCACCCAACCCUAUGAGCCCUCAAGGCCACCUGCUACCUGGACAGCCCAUGCCAGGCAGCACGCUGGGUAGUCAGGUUCGCUCUCCCGCACCCGUGCAGUCCCCGCGACCAUCAUCGCAGCAGCACUCCAGCCCCUCGCCGCAGGUCCAGCCGCAGCCCUCUCCCCACUCUGCUUCGCCUCAUCCUGGCCUGGGCACACCCAUACCUACUGGCGCCACCCUGGAGCAACAGGGGCAUCUUGGCACCCCAGAGCAGAGUACCAUGCUCUCGCAGCUUAACGCACCUGGUCGCGGAGGCCUACCCACCGACCUCGCCAUGGUCGGAGACACCACAGGAGACACGUUGGAGAAAUUUGUGGAGGGGUUGUAGCAUUUUUAGCCGCCCCCAAAAGUGCUCCCACCUUUUCCUAUUUUUCGGCUUCUGCUUCCUUUUCGCCCACAUUUUCCUCUAUAAAUAUUUUUUUUGUACUGAUAUGUAAAAAGUUCCUGAAAUGUAAUAUGAGAAAAAAAAAGUGUCAGCAAAUGCUAGGAAUGUUUCCUAGAGACUGAGAUUUCUUCCUUUGAGUUUGAGGGAUUAAAAAAUGUGGUGUUUAAAAUGAUUUAAAUUGCAAAGAAUAUAUUUUUUGGUUCAGACCUUAUGUGGUCGUUGUUUUGUUUUAAUUUUUUUUUUCUUUCUUUUUCUCGUGGUUUUGUUUUUCAGGGUUUUUUGGGUAUGGUUUCAUGCCUGCUCUUUUUUAAGAAAAUUUACAAAAGGUUCAUUAUAUUAUUCAUACAUUUUUAUUUUAUACCCUGUCUAACUUUAAAAGCAUUUGUGUUUAAAAGACUGUAAAGUAAUUUUGUCUGGGGAAUGUUUUCUCUGCUCUCAACUUUCCUGAUGAUUGUAUUCUAGUGUUGUACUAUUUUUUUUUUUUUUUUUUUUCUUUCUUUCUUUUACCCCCUUUGUUCUUUCCAGAUCUAUGUUUUUUGGAGGAACCCUCCUGUUUCCUCAUUGUGAAGUCUUUUUGAGGAGAACUAUUUGUGCUGGUAGGCAUAACUUGGCAUACAUAUACACACACACAACCACAAACUCGACAGAAACACAGUACGACAACAAACCUGAACGGAUGUGCAUAACCAGACGACAUCUCACUGGCCUGGACCCAGACUUUCUGUCUUGCAGAUGUAGAAAUUUGUUGCUUUUUUUGGUCCUAAUUUUGUGAUACAGAUCUAUAAGUAUAAAGUAAGAGGGGAUGGAGGCCCCUGAGCUGAGUGGGUUUGGAAUGGGUGAUCACUGGUUGACUGCUUUUUGGAAAACUUGAGAGUUCUGCUAUCGACCCUCAUUCCUCUCACACACAAACUUGAACCGGGGCUCCACUUUUCCUCUUAAUGUAAAUCAUGCAAGUUAUUAAGCAAAAUACUAUAAAUAUAAGGAAGAGAGAAUGGAAUCACUGUAUAAACUGGUUAAAAAAAAACCUUAUUUCUUACUUAUAUACCAUAUUGUUAAAUAAACUGUGUGCAACAGA